UCCGAUAUCCCCAUUCAUUCUUCUUGCAAUGCAAGUCAAACUAUGCAAAUCAAAAGAGGAUUAUUUGAUUCAAAAAGACUUGCUCGUGAAGCAGCUGAUCAUAUCUUAUUGAGCGGUAAUACAUCCGAUUUAUUCCAAACGUACUUUGGUGCACAAGCUGAUCCUGCCGUUCCAUUGGGCAUUUAUGAACGUAUCUUGGAAGGUGAUAAAACUGGAACACUUUUACGUUGUGAUGAUCCCGAUCAAAAUUGUGCAACACAAGAUGGCUGGAAUGGACAUUGGCGUGGAAACAACGCAACGGAAGAAACUGUGAUUUGUAAUCUUUCCUUCCAAUCUCGCCUUGGUUUAGAAAGAGCAUGUGAAAAUGGAUUCAAGCUUGGACGCGAUAAUGUGAAUGUGUAUUGGGGUGCAGACCUAUUGCAUAGGAUGAUGCAUUUACCCAAGGUUACAAAUGGUUAUAUUACACAUGUUGCCGACACACAUGAAGAUAUGAUGAAGAUUGCAAUCGAACAACCAGAUCAAUCCGUGAAAAAUCAACAUUCUAUUCAAGAAUUCGCAUUUGAUGUUUGGACGCGCAAGUAUAUCAGUGCAGAAGGAUCAGCAGGAGCAACAGCCACAGAAUCAGCUUCAGCUUCAGCAGCUGCUACAAGUACUGCUGCCGUACAAGAUUGUCACACCCAUGCUGAUGGAAGUGUCCAUUGU